CUGGACAAUAUUGGCAAGUUCAGUCUGAAUAUUGGUUCUGCAGAAUCUUCCGUCAAUGCCUUGGAGUUAGAAAAUAGACGCAAAUGCUUAUUUGACUUCUAUCUGGCAGAGUUGAUCCGCCCUUGUCCUCCCCGAACGGCCCGGGCAACAACCCCCCACCAAAGCGGACCCAAACCUCAACUAACUCAUACACUCCACACUCCACCACGACAGCCAGCCCCCAAAAUGGCCGAUAAUCCAAUCCCAGACGAUGAACAUGGCGCCGACCUGCCUAUGAACAUGACUGCGUCGGUCAUGCUGAGUGGGCUGCCCCGUGAUGCCCAUCAGGCGCUUGCUGACGUUGAAGCUAUUGAUUCUGGUAAAGUGACCGUACGCUUUCAACCUUUGCCAUCGGCGCCAAUACUCAAGAAUCGGGUAUUCAAGAUCAGCGCUUCUCAAAAGUUUGAGACCGUAGUCAAGUUCCUCCGCAAGAAACUCGACUGCAAAGACACCGAUUCUGUUUUCUGCUACGUCAAUAGCGUAUUUGCGCCUGGUCUCGAUGAGGGGGUUGGGGGUCUCUGGAGAUGUUUCAAAACUGAUGAUCAGUUGAUCGUCGCUUAUUCGAUGACGCCGGCAUUCGGCUAG